AUGUCCGAGUCCUCGCCUAGCGCCGAUAUCGAAAAGAACAAAGAGGUGCACCUGGAGAAGGUCAACACCACCUGGCAGGACCAGAACGCCUUCGACGCCGCGCUGGAAAAGCGCGUUACCAGGAAGUUCGACAAGCACAUUGUCCCCUGGCUUUUUGUUCUCUGGCUCCUCGCUUUCAUUGAUCGGAGUAACAUUGGCAACGCUAGAAUCGACGGCCUGCAGGAGGAUCUUGAUCUCGACGCCGAUAAGUUCAACAUCGCACUCGCCAUCUUCUACGUCCCCUACAUCUGCUACGAUGUCCCUAGCAACCUCGUCCUCAAACACCUCAAGGCUGGAUACUACCUCCCGGGGCUGGUGACUAUCUGGGGCUUGAUCAGCACCUUCAUGGGCUUUGUGAAGUCCUAUGAAGGUCUUCUUGCUGCGAGAUUCUUCCUUGGCUUCGCCGAGGGUGGGCUGCUUGGUGGCAUGAUCAUUUAUUUGGCCAUGUUCUACCGCCGCCACGAGCUUCUCUAUCGUAUUGGAAUGUUUUACUGCGCUGCUCCACUAAGCGGAGCGUUUGGCGGUCUCUUAGCCACUGGUCUGGCAAGGAUCAAGACGAACGGCUACAAUGGCUGGCCGUUCAUUUUCUUUAUCGAAGGCGGUAUCACGGUGAUUGUCGGCAUUACGACCAUGUUCUUCCUCCCCCAUGCUCCCGUCGAGGCGAAAUUUUUGACCGAAGAAGAACGCAACUGCGCGGUUGCACGCAUGCGCUCCGAUGCCCACGGUGCUACAACAACUGGCGAUGUCGAAGCGGAGACAUUCAGUUGGGCUUGGGUCAAGCGUGCCCUUAUGAACUGGCAGACAAUCAUUCUCUCCCUGAACUUCUUCGCCAUCAUUACGCCUAUUUACUCCUUCUCGCUGUUUCUCCCCACCAUCAUCAAGACACUUGGCUACACGUCUGUCAAAGCCCAGCUGUAUACGGUACCUCCCAAUGUCGGCGGAUUCCUUAGCGUUAUUCUGGUCGGUCACCUCUCCGACAGAUACAAAGUUCGCGGUCCCUUCAUGAUCGGCGGUGCACUGCUCGCCAUCGUCGGAUACAUCAUGCAGAUUGCAAGCGCCAGACCGCUCACGCGCUAUGGUGGAACUUUUUUCGUCGCGGCAGGCGUCUUUCCAUGCUCACCUCUCGUGAUGGGCUGGCUGGCGAACAACCUGGCUCCCCACUACGUCCGAGCAACGGGCACCGGCUUUCAGCUGAUGAUUGCUAACAUGGCCGCCUUUAUCGCAACCUUCACCUACCUGCAAAAAGAUGCGCCAAGAUACACUAGGGGCCACGCCAUCAACAUCGGCGUGUUGUGCCUCUCUCUCGUGCUCAGCACAACCAAUAUCUUCUACUGCUUGUGGGAGAACAAGAAAAGGGCGGCUGGCAAGAGGGACUACAGGCUGCAGGAAGGUGACGAGGGCAUGCUUGGAUACAGGCAUCCUGAGUUCAAGUAUACCAUUUGA